AUGGAUGAUGAAGGGCGCUUAAGAAAUGUGUUUUGGGCUGAUGCAAGGUGUCGUGCUGCAUAUGAAUCAUUUGGAGAUGUUAUUACAUUUGACAGUACUUACCUUACAAAUAGGUAUGACAUGCCGUUUGCCCCAUUUGUUUGGGUGAAUCAUCAUGGACAAUCUAUAUUGCUUGGUUGUGGUUUGCUUUCUAAUGAGGAUAUCCAUACUUAUACAUGGUUAUUUGAGUCGUGGUUAACAUGCAUGCAGGGGUCUGCUCCAAAAACUAUUGUUACAGAUCAGUGUAAGGCUAUUCAAGCAGCGAUUGCGAAGGUAUUUCCAAAUUCUUCUCAUCAUUUAUGCCUUUGGCAUAUCAUGCAAAAGGUUCCUGUGAAACUUAGCGGACUAUCUCAAUAUGAAGUAAUUAAGAAAACCUUAAAAAGCAUUGUAUAUGAAUCGAUUAAGAUUGAUGAGUUUGAAAGUAGUUGGACAAAAAUGAUUUUGCAAUUCAAUCUUGAGAAUAAUAAAUGGUUGAAGUCACUAUAUGGGGAUCGUCAUCGUUGGGUUCCAGUAUUUGUGAAAACUACCUUUUGGGCAGGAAUGUCAACUACCCAACGAAGUGAAAGUAUGAAUUCUUUUUUUGACAGGUAUGUUCAUUCAAAGACCACGUUGAAGCAAUUUGUUGAACAAUAUGACAAUGCCUUGAAAAGUAAAGUUGAGAAAGAAAAUAAGGCAGAUUUUGUUUCUUUUAGUACCACCAUUCCUACAAUAACUAAGUUUUCUAUUGAAGUACAAUAUCAAGAAGUUUACAUGCAUGAUGUGUUUAAGUUUUUUCAGGAUGAGUUGAGGGGUUUAAUGUAUUGUAAUGUCUUUAACAUUAACAGAGACGCGUCAGUGUCUACAUUUGUAGUUAAUGAAACUAUUAUAGGAGAAGGUGGAAUAUGUUGGAAAGAGGUAAAUGAGGUUCCAUCUCAUUAUAUUUUAGAACGUUGGCGAAAGGACAUCAAGCGUGGGUACACUUUUGUGAAAAAUACUUAUGAUGAUGUUAGUAAUAGUGAGCAAAGGCAUCGAGAGACAAAGGAAAAAUUGCUUACCAUGGACUCAGUUUCUGGGAGUGGACAAAUCCAUGGAGUUCUGAAUGAUGCCAGCAGGUUACUUACUCCAUUAAAGAUAUCUCAAAGACUAACAAGAGAGCCACUUGGUGAAAAAGAUGGCUCACAUGUUGACAAAAUUUUGACUCAUGAAAGUCACAUGAUUGCUCCAACUGCUUGGAAUGGCAUGUAUUCGGGGGCAGUUAUAAAUUAUUGCAACUGUGCAGAUAAACUCACUCCAGGUUCUCUUUGUGAUGGAAUCCAGCGCAACAGAUUUGAUGCGGAAUUUUAG